AUGGAUUCCCAUACAUUAAUAUCAACCUUGGAGGAGUAUGUGCAAAAAGGUACUGCUAUCUUCUCAGAAUCCAAACCAACGGUGAGAAAGGUUGACUUUGAAGUGCCAGGCACAUCCCAUAAAGUUACCUCUUGGCGUUUUUGGGAACAGGCUUAUCGCAUCAAUGUGUCGAAUAGCAAAAAGAGAAUCAACCGUGCAACUGGUGAACUUGUUUCUCUCCCAACUUGCAGCAGAGGUUUGUUUUCCUUCACGGAUCCUGUGACGAACAAACAUAGCAUUGUAAUUCGCGGCUACGACAAGUUCUUCAGUAUAGACGAAGUGGAAUGCACAAAAUGGAACAGUAUUGCAAAGGAAACACAGGGUCCUUACUAUUUAAUGGUGAAAGAGAACGGCUGCAUCAUCUUUAUUAGUGCGUUGCCAGAUGGAACGCUAUUGGUAACAAGCAAAAACGCAAUUGGCGAUGAUACGGAACGUCUUUCACAUUCUACGGCUGGCCGCCAGUGGCUUGAACGGCAUUUGGAAGCCAGUGGUCACACGGCACAACAACUCGCAGAAACAUUACGGGAUAUGAAUGUUACUGCCGUUGCUGAGCUUUGUGAUGAUGAGUUUGAAGAACAUAUUUUGCCAUAUCGCGGCCGUCACCGCGGUUUGUUCUUGCACGGAUUGAACGAAAAUUGUCCCGAUUUUAAAACAAAGUCCCCAGAGGAGGUAGCAGAAUUUGCUGGAAAAUGGGGAUUCCAUCCUGUCGAGUUUUUACACGUUGACACGGUAGAUGAACUACAUAAGUUUUGCGAGGAAGUUCGUAAAACGGGGCAUUGGAAGGGUAAUGCUAUUGAAGGUUUCGUUGUGCGCAGUAAACGCCUUGUUCCAACUGAAGACGGUAAUUCGAAGACUGUUGAUUUUUUCUUCAAGUACAAAUUCGACGAGCCGUAUGGGUUGUUCCGACAAUUCCGCGAAAUCACAAAGAUGUUGAUAUCUGGUGAGCGCGUGGUGUAUCCCAAGUAUAAAAAGAUUAGCUCUCGGUAUCUACAGUUUUGCCGCCAAAAAUUCGAGGAGCAUCCAGAAUUGCGUGAGCAUUUCUCUAACAAUAAGGGAAUUAUUGAGCUCCGUGAUGAGUUCUUUGCCUUGACAAAGCUUAGUUCACUUGAUAUUGUGAAGGCCACUUCAGAUGAGGAUGAAGAGGCUGCACACAUUGUGUUUGUGCCUGUUGCAACCAUUGGAUGUGGAAAAACGACUUUGGGAAUUGCACUCCAAAAGCUGUUCGGAUGGCCCGUAAUUCAGAACGACAAUUUUUCUAGCGGUGCUGGCAAACGUGGCUUUACCAAUGCUAUCAUCAAUGAACUGAAUCAAGGCCAAAGGGUUGUUUUCGCUGAUCGAAACAAUCAUAUUCCCAAAAUGCGUCUCGAACUAAGAAAUUCCAUUUCAACAGACGUGAGUGGUGUUCGUUAUGUAGCUCUUGUUUUUCGCAUUGAUGAGGAGAUCUCCAAAUUUUUGGAAGAAAGAGUUCUAGCUCGUGGUGAUAAUCACCAGUCUAUUCGUGUAUCUGAAGGUGCGGGAAAGGUACAAGGAAUCAUGCGCGGUUUUAAAGCAUCGUAUCGUCCUUUUGAUCCCGAAUCUCCCAACGAUCGUAACUUUCAUUUGGUUAUUAAUCUCAAUCCUAAAAAUGGUACUCUUCAAAACAUGAAGAUCGUUAUUACGCAGUUACAAAAGGCGUUCCCUGACUUUGUUCCUCGUAUUCCCACCAAUGAAGAGUGUGAUGCUGCUUUGCAUUAUGCCAUUCAUGAGUAUCGUCCCACGUUCACCAAAGUAUUUAAGACCAAGAAUGACACUUCUGUUCAGUCGAUUUCUUACUUCGGCGCCUUCCUAGACGAACCUUCAAUAAUUCCCAAACUGAUAGGUUCAUUGUUUAGUCAGGUUCCGGACGUCGAUCGCACUAUGUGGGAUCAUUUAAAGGCAAGUGGUGCUGUUCAAUCUUCGUUUCAUGUUACUAUGAUUCACAGUUCAGCAAAGAAGGUGAAGAUCAACGAUAAGCCUGUAUGGAAGGAAUACAUAAAAAAAUUCAAGUCGUCGAAUCCGGAUAAUAUGGGUUCUGUUGAGUUUACUGUUACUGAACUCGUCUGGAAUGAUCGCGUUAUGACUCUUAGAGUAACAAUUUCUCCGGACAGUGAAUGGGCUGGAAAGACGACAAAUCCCGAGCUUCAUAUCACUGUUGGAACAGCAAAUUCGGAUAUUAAGGCUUAUGAGUCUAAUGUUUUAUUGGCCAAGCUCAGGGAAGGCACGAACGAAGGUAUUCACGUUCUUAAGUUGCCUUGGCAUUGUUCCGUUAAAGCUACUUUGAAAGCAAAGUAUUAG